AUGGCCAGAUUUACAAAUGGUCUCAGUAACAUCAUCGGCAUCAUCGUCUACAUCUCGGCUAACUCUGGCGACCCGGGUCAGAGCGACAGUAAGAAGAGUUACUCGUACGGCUGGUCCUUCUACUUCGGGGCGUUGUCCUUCAUCAUGGCAGAGAUGGUGGGCGUUCUGGCCGUCCACAUGUUUAUAGAGAAACACCGGAAGCAGAGGGCCAAGUCUCGCACCGAACUCAUCAAGAAAUCAGCGUUCAGCCGUAUCCCGUCUUACCGUUACCGGUUCCGCCGUCGCUCCAGCAUCCGAUCCUCCGAGGCGCCCAGCCGGGAUGCUUCUCCCAUCGGGAAGGGGGGUUACACCGGCCCGGGAACAGCCUCCGACCUCCCCAUGUACACGCUCACCCGCGAAGCUGGAUCUAAGGCCGUCAUGGGGGGAGUGCUCAAUUCAGAGAGGGAGUUUCUACAGGGCGGUACUCUGGCCAAUACCAAGGACUACGGCAAAGACGCGGCCAAUAGGAGAACGACGCCCGUCUGAGGGAGGCGGGGCCUAGGAGAUGAUUGGAUGGGAGAUGGAUGAUGAUAAUGAUGAUGAGAGACAGUGAGGGAGGAAGAGGCAUUAUGAACUUUGACUUCUCUGCAACCUCCAGGGAUAAUUGGCAAAGGGGGUUGAAAUUAGACGUUGGUUCCUAACCACAGAUCUAGGAUCAGAUUCCCCUUUUAAAACCCCUUAACCUCAUCCCCUAGUUCAGGGGUGGGCACUACCCCUUAACCUCAUCCCUAGUGGGGGGGGGGGGCACUACCC